AUGUCGCUCCCCGAGAUAUCCAAGAAAGAGAUACCCGUCUCAGGGAUCAUCUGCUCCGUCUACGGACUCGACGAGAUACCCUCCCAGGCAAAGGAGGUAUCAUGCCUCUACCUGCUGCACCCACGCUCUAAUACCCGGGCGUCCAUGGAAGGGACCGCCUGCGCGGCCGUGGCAGACUGGAACAAGCGUCUGGCUGCUAACCAGGUUGCCCCGAGCGAGAAGGACAAGGGACUGGUUGCCGUCUGCUUCGACCAGCGGAACCAUGGCUCGAGAGAGGUCGACAAGCGGUGUAAUGAGGCGUGGAGAAAGGGGAACCCGAACCACGCUCAGGAUAUGUUUGCCAUCUUCAACGGGACGACACGCGAUGUGUCUAUCCUGAUCGACUACAUGGAAUGCUACCUAUUCCCUAAGUUAGAGCGGAGAAUCACCAACAACCUCGUCCUAGGUGUCUCUCUUGGUGGCCACGCAGCAUGGGGCUGCAUCCUUCAUGAACCACGUAUUACAAGCGCUACCAUCAUCAUCGGCUGUCCAGACUAUACCAAUCUGAUGACUGACCGGGCGCGGCUUUCAAAGCUGCCUACUUGGACUAACAGUAAUCCACCCGGCUCCCAGUUUCUAGGCUCAGAGUCCUUUCCACAGCCUCUGAUGGAGAGAUUGAAGCAUUGGGACCCCGCGAGUUUCUUCUUGAGCCAGAUGAACGAUGCCUCGCUCAAGGAGCCAAUGCGCGGCAGCUCUAUACGCGAACCGACAGAAGACGAGAAGGCCUCUCUCCGGCCAUUGAUGAAGCAGUGUUUGGCAGGGAAGAAGAUCAUGAUCCUCUCCGGUGGCGCGGACAGGUUGGUCCCGUAUGCGCGUGGUGAACCGUUUUUAACAUGGCUGAAGAAAGCUGUUGGGCCAGAUGGGUGGUACGCGGAGGGAAGGAUAUCGCUGGAAGAUAUCAUUUUUGACGGAGUGGGACACGAGGUUACGCCCGCUAUGAGGGGGGAGGCCGUCAGGUUUAUCGGAGAAUGCCUUUCUGUGGGUCAGGAGGAUAGUUCAUCGAGAUCUGCUAUGGUUAGGACAUCCAAGAUGUAA